GCAGGAUCGCAAGUAUAUUGACGGCAAAUGGUACCAGCAUUUGAUUGAAAUUGAUAACACCAUAAUAAAAGUAUAUUUUACUAGCAGAAACAAGUGCAUACAAUUUUAUCUGAUAAAUUAGAAUUAACUAGUAAAGUGUGUUGAUGAACAGAGCCUACAAAUACAAAAAAUAAAAAUACAAAAAUGUGCGUCUGAGUUACUUGGUGUAUUGAAGAGUUGGUCCCCCACUGGACUAAUUAAAUAAGUUGAAAUUGUAAAACCAAAAAAAUAAAGGAUAUAGUAAAUAGACUUGUGUGAUUCGGUAACGAAGUGAAAUACUAAGUGAGCAACUGUCCCAAAAUGUCGCACUUCAGUGCAAUUUUCGAGAAUUUACGAUUGGUAGCUGCUAAACGUAUGCCCAACACUCCCACGCAUCAACAAAGCCAACAGCAGCAACAACAAAACAAUGCAAAAGCAAACGAAGAAAUUCAAGCAAACCAUCAUUCCUCCCCACCAACGCCGGAAAUGUGCAACGAAAAAGAAAAUAACAGCAGAAGGUCUCAAAUAUACAUUAAAGAGCCACACGAAAAGCUGCAGCAGCAAACUGUAUCUCUAACAGCAAUGACAAGAGCAGGUGGGAGUAAAAGUACCGAUUGCACUUCCAACCGACAAAGUUACGCAAAAAGACAUAGUAUAUCAGGCCGAGAAGCUGAUAAUGCUAAAAACUCGGCGGUGCAUAUUGGGCGCAGCUCGGUGGUAGGCAGUGGGGCCGGUGUUAUUGUGGAAAUCGAUGUAAAUUCCAACAGUGGAGGAGGCGGGGGCAAAGCACGCGAGCUCUCACCUACCCCGAAGAAUACCGGACAGCGCAAAAUGUCGCAGGAUUUUCGUGCGCGUGCAGGUAGUUUCAUUCACAUUGACGAAGAGGGACGCAGUAUACUCAUACGUAAGCCGGUGCGCCUAAAGAAUAUUGAAGGUCGACCAGAGGUUUACGAUACUUUGCACUGUAAGGCUAAAGAGUCACUAUCAUGUUCGAAGGCAACAUGUAUGAGCAGUGUUAUGGCGCUAGGGACGGCCCCAGUUGAAGCAAGAAAGUCUGAUAUAGUUAUGGAACAUGCUAAAGACUUUUUGGAUCAAUACUUUACAUCAAUAAAAAGAGCUUCAAGCGUCGCUCACGACACUCGUUGGAAACAAGUGCGUCAAAAUAUCGAAUCUAGUGGGUCUUAUCAACUUACAGAAACCGAAUUGAUUUAUGGUGCAAAAUUGGCUUGGCGGAAUUCAUCGCGCUGCAUUGGACGCAUACAAUGGUCCAAAUUACAGGUUUUCGAUUGCCGUUAUGUCACCACAACCAGUGGUAUGUUUGAAGCUAUUUGCAAUCACAUUAAAUAUGCAACUAACAAAGGAAAUCUCAGGUCAGCAAUUACGAUAUUUCCGCAGCGCACAGAUGGCCGUCACGAUUAUCGCAUUUGGAAUAGCCAGCUAAUCUCCUAUGCUGGAUAUAAGCAAGCUGAUGGAAAAAUUAUUGGUGAUCCUAUGAAUGCGGAAUUUACCGAGGUUUGCAUUAAAUUGGGUUGGAAAGGUAGAGGGACAGAAUGGGACAUUUUACCUUUGGUUGUAUCAGCGAAUGGCCAUGAUCCGGACUAUUUUGACUAUCCGCCAGAAUUAAUACUGGAAGUUCCAUUAAGUCAUCCAAAGUUUGAGUGGUUUACAGAAUUGGGACUCCGUUGGUAUGCUGUACCGGCAGUUUCGUCGAUGCUCUUUGAUGUGGGCGGUCUUCAGUUCACAGCGACUACAUUCAGCGGUUGGUACAUGUCAACGGAAAUUGGUUGUCGGAAUUUGUGUGACGUAAAUCGUCGAAAUAUGUUAGAGACCAUUGCGUUGAAAAUGAAUUUGGAUACCCGCACACCAACCUCAUUGUGGAAAGAUAAAGCUGUUGUUGAGGCAAAUAUAGCCGUGCUGCAUUCCUAUCAGAGUCACAACAUCACAAUAGUCGAUCACCAUACGGCCAGUGAAAGUUUCAUGAAACAUUUUGAGAAUGAAUCAAAAUUGCGCAAUGGCUGUCCAGCUGAUUGGAUAUGGAUUGUGCCGCCUAUGUCUGGCUCGAUUACGCCUGUCUUCCAUCAGGAAAUGGCUUUAUACUAUUUAAAGCCAUCGUUUGAUUAUCAGGAUCCAGCUUGGCGUACGCACUUAUGGAAGAAGGGACGCGGRGACGCCAAGAUCAAGAAACCGAGACGUAAAUUUAAUUUCAAACAAAUUGCUAGGGCUGUGAAAUUUACAUCGAAAUUAUUUGGUCGCGCUUUGUCAAAACGUAUUAAGGCGACUGUUUUGUAUGCAACCGAAACUGGAAAGUCCGAGCAAUAUGCAAAGCAGUUAUGUGAAUUAUUGGGACACGCAUUCAAUGCACAGAUUUAUUGCAUGUCAGAUUACGACAUAUCUUCCAUAGAGCAUGAAGCUUUGCUGAUUGUAGUGGCAUCUACUUUCGGUAAUGGUGAUCCGCCAGAAAACGGAGAGCUGUUUUCUCAGGAAUUGUACGCGAUGCGUGUGCAGGAAGGCAGUGGCAAUGGACACGACUCCAGCAUUGGAGUCAGCUCAUCAAAAUCCUUCAUGAAAGCCAGCUCAAGGCAAGAUUUAAUCAAGUUGCCUUUACAGCAAGUGAAGAAAAUAGAUCGCUGGGAUUCCCUGCGAGGGUCAACAUCAGACACUUUUACAGAGGAAACUUUCGGGCCCUUAUCAAAUGUGAGAUUUGCUGUAUUUGCUUUGGGUUCUUCCGCUUAUCCCAACUUUUGUGCCUUUGGCCAAUACGUUGACAAUGUACUCGGUGAGUUAGGUGGUGAACGAUUGCUAAAGAUAGCUUAUGGUGAUGAAAUGUGUGGACAGGAACAGUCUUUCCGUAAAUGGGCCCCUGAGGUGUUCAAACUCGCUUGUGAGACGUUCUGCUUGGAUCCAGAUGAGAGUUUAUCGGAUGCCUCGUUGGCUUUACAAAAUGAAUCCUUGACUGUAAAUACCGUGCGUUUGGUUCCCUCGAAGUCUCGUGGCUCUUUAGAAGAGUCGUUAUCCAAAUUUCAUAACAAAAAAGUGUAUUGUUGUUCCAUUAAAGAAGCCCCAAUUAACCUUACCAACAUUGGUAAUGGCGAAAGGACAACCAUUCUUCUGAAGAUUAAUGCUCCGGGAUUGGAAUAUGAACCAGGCGAUCAUGUUGGAAUAUUUCCCGCUAAUCGCGAAGAUAUUGUURAUGGCAUUUUAAAUCGAUUAACUGGUGUGGAAAAUAUGGAGGAAGUUUUGCAGCUACAAUUGCUUAAAGAAAAGCAUACAUCAAAUGGCAUUUUCAAAUUAUGGGAAUCCCAUGAUAAAGUGCCACCAGACUCAGUUCGUAAUUUAUUGUUGCGUUUCUUCGACAUAACGACACCACCAACGCGUCAAAUGCUCACUCUUCUCGCUGGGUUUUGUGAUGACAAUCAGGACAGGGAGCGUUUACAAUUAUUGGCUACUGAUUCAUCGGCAUAUGAAGAUUGGCGACACUGGCGCUUGCCGCAUUUACUAGAAGUUCUCGAAGAAUUCCCUUCCUGUAAACCACCCACAACGCUGGUGUUGGUUAACUUAAUGCCGCUGCAAGCUCGAUUUUACUCCAUUUCCUCUUCGCCACGUAAAGUUGACAACGAAAUACAUUUAACGGUGGCCAUUGUUCGCUACCGGUCAGAGGAUGGUAAUGGUGACGAGCGUUAUGGCGUUUGUUCAAAUUAUCUGUCCGGUCUAAAUAAGACCGACAAAUUGCAUAUUUUUGUGCGUAGUGCACCCAGUUUCCAUUUGCCUCCUGAUCAUGAGCGCCCGAUUAUUUUGAUUGGGCCAGGUACUGGUAUAGCACCGUUCCGCUCAUUCUGGCAGGAAUUCGAAAUGUUACGUGAGCUUAAUGCGGAUGUACCCCUGCCGAAGGUUUGGCUCUUCUUCGGGUGUCGCAAUCGAGAUGUUGAUCUGUAUUCGAACGAAAAAGAGCAGUUGGUCCAUGAAAAUAUAUUAAACCGCGUGUUCCUGGCUCUUUCACGUGAGUCUARUAUACCGAAGACUUACGUUCAGGAUCUGAUUGAAAAAGAAUUCGAUUCACUUUACAAGCUGAUUGUCGAGGAGCAAGGUCACAUAUACGUUUGCGGCGACGUCACAAUGGCUGAGCAUGUUUACCAGACAAUCAGGAAAUGCAUUGCUGUAAAAGAGCAAAAAACAGAAACGGAAGUAGAGACAUUUAUGCUCACAUUGCGGGAUGCAAACCGUUAUCACGAGGAUAUUUUUGGAAUCACAUUACGCACCGCGGAAAUACAUACGAAGUCUAGAGCAACAGCACGUAUACGCAUGGCAUCUCAGCCAUAGAUGGAAAAAACAAAUAAGUUUUCCCAUUUCAAUGGGCCCUAGAAUUYCUACGGAAGAUGCCAUGAAUAUUUGCUAAAAAUUGUGCGUAUGAAACUUAAAAUAAUGAAUUAUUUACCAAAAGGCGCAUGGAUACACCCUUUGUUAAACAUAUAGGUAACAUAUAAUGUGCAAACUUACGCAUAAAACCCUUAUGUUCAACAAAUCAAAAUUAUAUAAGUAAUUAAAGUACUCUCACUUAUGCAGAMAGUUAUUUAGUAAUUAUCUUGAAUGAAUUAUCGUAUUUAUAUUAAUAGUGCAUUACAGCACGCCGUUCGUUAUAUACUAUGUAUUUGUAAUUACAUACAUUUUAAAUAUAAAACUAACUACAACCUGAAAUAAACACUAACAUCACACUAAAAUAUUUAAGACAUUUAGUUAAAAAUUUCGGGCAUUAAGCAUUAAUUUGCGUAUUCCGUAUUAAAUAAAAUGUUUUUAGCCUCUUAGUACCUACUAGCGCAUACUACUGUUACAGCACAAUUAUACUUAACAUAUUGUAUUCAUCAGUAAUUUUACAUAUACUUGACUAAUAAAAUUUGUUG